CAACAGCCUAAUUUAAUGCGUCCCAAGAAAUUUGAAUCACCGAGAUCCGCCCCUUUACCUCCCGGAAGGCAAGCGCAACAGCAGGAACAACAAGGAUAUAUGAAGCAAGAUUACCAGUAUGCACAGCCACCAGGCCCCGCACAAUCUCAGAGAUCGCCUAACAUACAACAGCAAACCCGACAACUCCCACCGGAUUUUUCACAGACUCAAUUGUCGCCAAAUUCCUCACCGACUCAAUUAUCGCCUGAUAUACAACAACAAACUCGACAAAUUCCACCAAAUUAUUCACAGGCUCAACUAUCGCCUAAUAUACAGCAACAAACCAGACAAAUCCCACCAAAUUCUUCACAGACUCAAUUAUCGCCUGAUAUACAACAACAAACCCGACAAAUUCCACCAAAUUAUUCACAGGCCCAACUAUCGCCUAAUAUACAGCAACAAACCAGACAAAUCCCACCAAAUUCUUCACAGGCUCAACAGCCACCCAGCUUACAAACAACACGGCAAAUUCCUCCACAGGUUCAGCAGCCAGAUAACUUACAAUCAACACGGCAAAUUCCUCCACAGGUUCAGCAGCCAGCUAGUUUACAAUCAACACGGCAAAUUCCUCCACAGGUUCAGCAGCCAGCUAGCUUACAAUCAACGCGGCAAAUCUCUUCAAAAGCUCAAUCGCCACUAGAUCCACCAUCAACGCGACAGAUUCCUUCACAAGCUCAAUCGCAAAUGCCACCGCAAUCUUCAUCCGCUUACGUUUCGGAAUCCUAUCUCCAACCGCCUCCUCAGACUCGCCCGACAGAAACAACAGGAAUAGAUGACCCUUCCUCGAUUGCAGAGCCACUUUCUGUAGAUGAUUACGUUCAACAAGCCAUAAAGUUGCAUGAGAGCAAUCAGUUGGAGAAGUCUGCAGAAUAUUUAAAAAUUGCCGCGGAGGAAGGUUCCCCUAUUGGUAUGACAUUAUAUGGUCUUGCACUUAGACAUGGAUGGGGAUGUCAAACAAAUCCACGUCUAGCCUUCAAAUACCUACAAAAAGCUGCCUCAUCUGCCGUCGACGAUAUUAACAUGUUAAAUUCAGUCAAUUUGUCAGCCACCAAGGGUGAAUUGGUUUUAGCGAUUUAUGAGUUAGGAGUUUGUUUUCGACAUGGAUGGGGCGUACCAAAAGAUAAGGUGCACGCUGCACAUUAUUUUGAAAUGGCAGCAAAGUUGGGCGAUCCUGAUGCACAAAAUGAUAUUGGCAUGUGUUAUUACAAGGGUGAGGGCGUGAAGAAGGAUUUGAAACUUGCGGCCAAAUAUUACCGCAUGGCGCACGCUCAAGGACAUGGCACAAUGGGCAAUUCAUGGAUAUUCAAAGAAAAAUACAACGAUGGCGAAGGCUAA